CUUAUUCAACCUUUCAUUCCAUUCCCAUCUCCAAACCUUCAAUGGAAUUCCACAUUUUCUAUCUCAUUUUUCUUUCUCAAAUCUUUACUUCAUUAAUAACAUCACAAGCAUGUCAUCCCAUUGACCAUAAAUCCUUACUUGACUUCAAACACAAAAUCACCUUUGACCCAUCAAACCUUUUCCAAACAUGGACACCUCAAUCUGAUUGCUGCAAAUCAUGGAAUGGAAUUGCAUGCGAUUCCAAUGGCAGAGUCAUUAACGUAUCGCGGUCCGGCCUCGUCUCCGGCGAUGAUUUCAUUCUUGACACUUCCAUUUCCGGUAGCAUUUCUCCUUCUUUAUCUAACCUCACCUUUUUACAACUUCUUGACCUUAGCAAUCUUAAAGAAUUAUCAGGUCCUAUCCCACCCGAAUUUGGAAAACUUUCACAUUUAACUCAUUUGUUUCUUGAUUCCAACCAACUUUCCGGAUCAAUUCCGGUGACUUUCCGGUCACUUUUCCGGUUAGAAAAACUUUAUCUUAGUAACAAUCGUCUAAAUGGUCAAAUCCCAGAAAUGGUUUUCAAAUCCUUGUCCGAAAUUGGUCUCUCUGGAAAUCAGUUUUCUGGCAAGAUUCCGGUUUCCAUUGGAGAAUGGAUUUCAAUUACAAAACUUGAUUUCCACGAAAAUAAUUUAUCAGGAAUCAUACCCGAAACAAUUGGAAAUUUAAAGAAAUUAAUGUUUCUUGAUCUUUCACAAAAUAUGAUCACUGGACUUAUUCCAAAGUCACUUGGAUCAUUAUCAGGAUUACAACUUUUGUAUCUAAACCAAAACCAACUUUCUGGCUCCAUUCCUGAUUCCAUAGAUGGGCUCAUUUCAAUUCAAUUCUUCCGUUUAUCGGAAAACAAACUAAAUGGUAGUAUUCCAAUGUCCAUUGGCAAGCUUCCAAAGAUCCAACGUUUGAUCUUUGAAAACAAUUAUCUCACUGGGAAAUUACCGGCUACAAUGGGUCAUUUGGUUACUCUAACGGAUGUAUAUUUCUCUAGUAACCGGUUAACCGGAAAGAUUCCUUCAAGUUUUGGAAACUUGAAGAAUCUACAAACACUUGAUUUAUCAAGAAACAAACUUAGUGGUGAGCUUCCAUCUCAACUAGCUAAAUUACAAAAUUUACAAACUUUUGAUUUGUCAUUUAAUCCAUUAAAUUUAGUCACAUUACCACUUUGGUUUUCUAAGUUGAAACUUUUUAGGCUAAAAAUGGCGAACACUGGAAUCAAGGGCCGGAUUCCAGGGUUCAUAUCGUUGUCAUCAACGAUAUCUGAGUUGGACUUUUCCAAAAACUCAUUAACAGGGGAAUUGCCACAUUGGAUUGGGAACUUAACAAAUUUAUCGUAUUUAAACUUAUCGAAUAAUAAGUUAAGUAACUCAAUCCCACCCGAAUUCAAGAACCUUUCCUUGUUGAUGGAUCUUGAUCUUCACUCCAACAACUUUUCGGGUAAUAUAAACGUAAUUUUUAAGAAAAAUGUACAAGGCCCACUUGGUCAUUAUAACUCUAUUGACGUGUCGAAUAACUUUUUUUUCGGUCCUAUUGAUGACAUUGGUGAUGAGCCUGCUAUGGACUCGAUUGUUUCAUUAGUUUUAUCACAAAAUCCGAUAGGCGGAACAAUACCGAAAUCUUUGAGUAAUGGCAAUGAAUUGGUGAGAGUUUUGAUUUCAAGUGAUAAUUUGAUGGGGAAGAUACCAAAAGAAGUGUUGAAUAUGAAGAAUUUGAAAGAAUUUGAUGUGUCUAGAAAUAAGUUGACUGGACAAAUUCCUUUGCAUAAUGUUAGUAUACCUGUUUCUGCAUUUUUGGGUAAUCCUGGAUUGUGUGGGACCCCCCUUCCGCCCUGUUAACAUUCUUUUUUACCAUUAUAUUUACAUUUGAGGUAUACUUAGUAAAUUAGCUGUCCAAAAAAAAAAAAAACUUACUCGUAGUAAAUUAAGUUUUGCUGUUUUUUCUUUUUGAAAUAUAAGACAAUUGAUCUA